AUGCCUCCCGUGGCCCUGGGGCUUGCGUUAGUCCUCAUUGUUGUCUCAGGUAAGAAAUUCUGCAGAAAGCACCUGCAUCUCACAAUCACAUCAAAUUUCCCUCUUUGCACUGCCUCAUCGAAUAAUUCACUCUUGUUUUUCUAACUGUGAUUCCCAGUGUAGCGUAAUGUUACCCAACCGCACUAAGUGGGAUAAGGGGUAAUAGGAAAGGGAACAGUAAUUCUUGUCGGAGAUGUAGUUCAUAGUUCCAGAAAUUCUUUCACGUUGCUGUAUUUUACAUACCAAAUUUACUUAUCAAAUAGCUCGUACUCCGAGCAAAGAUUAAGCAUUCUUCCUCGCUAAUUAGAGAUAAUUAGUUAAAGUACUAACUGUCAUCUAGACCGCUGACUGCAUAAUACUUUUACUAUAUACGCCAAGGCGCAUGUCUAACCUCAAUGGAAUUUUCAGUUACUCGAAUGCUAACUCUAUCCAUCAACAGAAAGAGUUUUGAUAGAAGACUUUAUCGGAGUACCCAAAGCACGCACUUGAUUUUCGAUGCAGAGAGUGUUUCUGUAACAUUUGAAUCUCGGAAUUAUUUAACGGGCCUGAUGCCAACUUAGUACUGCUUUUGUAUGUUAGGGUUUUAUGUAAACAAGUUCGCAUCUAUUUAUCGCGGUUUCUAUUUUGCCGAAUUUCACUGCAAGCGUUGAGCUUCUACCGACAGAAUGCUACGGUCUAGUCAUGCUAAUUAAAAGUCAAUUGUUCUCCAUUGAAAAUAAAAGAUUACAUGCAUUGUUUUUCCGUUUCUUUUGCAGAGUCGACGGCGAACAAAAAAUACCUUGGAACGUUUCCUAAAUCGGCUGAUAAAGUCGUCAUACAUGCGCGACUGUCAUUCGAACCUCUCGUACGCCGCAUGAUAGAGUUCCGAACGUUUUCAUAACUUUCCCUUUUCAUGCAGCUAAUUAGUUUGCAGACUAAGUCCAUCGUUAGACAAUAGCCUUAAUCUAUUGUUUCGUAUUUAACACCUUUCUAAUAAUGAGGAGAUUUCACAUGUUGCAUAGGGUUAGUUAAAAUAAGGCAUCUACUGAGAAUGCUCAUGAGAUGGAGUUCAUUAAAAACGACAGUUAUUGGGAAUGGGAAUAGGAAUAUUUCAAAAUAUUAUUCUGUCAUAAAAAUAAGCAUGCACAGUCGUUUUUGCUGUAUUUUGCCUUUUUCGUUUACGUUGAUAUGUAGUUUAUCAAGGCUGAGAAAGAUUUCACCUAUAAAAACGGAUCCUGCUUUGCAUCGGAUGAGACUAGAGCAUGCAGCCUUACAAGAAGUGAGUUCAUCUUCUGCACAGUAUAUCCAAAUUUUUGAUACCAGUUAAGGAUUUAGACGUGUAUGAAUUUACCUUCGAAUCUCCCAAUACUCUUAAACUACUUAAGUUGGAGAUUCGUGGCCAUUGGAAGUUGCACCUUGUGACUGUGUUCCGCCGUCCACCACCAGAUGCGACCCAAGGUAAGCUUUUGCACACACAUAUAUAAGCUGUUUAUUUAGAUUAACCCUCCAGAACCAGUUCUGCUCGGUGCUAAACAAAGAUUGUUUACUUAAAUACUACAUGGAAAACGUCAUAAUUUGCUUCAGUGUUCCACUUAAGUGGGCCUGUCGUUUUCGACUAGAGUGAUUAUUAACCAGAAUGAACGUCAAAGACCGAUUUCGAAUACGGACAUGGAUGUUCCAUGUGCUAAAUCUCGUCAGGUAACCUCAACAAGAACAAGCAUCCGCACAUAACCUUGAAAAAAUUUAUGUGCAGUAACAUCAGAAUCUCCAACUAGAACGGUGAUCAGUCAGAAUUUCAAGUUGACUUCUACAAUAGGCUAGCUGAUUUCAUAGUCAAAACACGCGAUAUUAAUAGGGAACGCGAUAGGUGAUCAACGGCUGCCGUAUACUUAUUCGAGUUCUUAGAUUUUGCUUAUUUAUUUCAGAAUUGUGUCAAUUUAUGUGGAAUGUUCGGUUUGAUUGUUUCCAAUGUAAACCCCAUCAUACUUUUCUAGUAAUAAUGCAAUAUCAAAAUCUGUAUUCAUCAAUCACGAGAUAUUAUAUUUUAUCAUUUAAGGCUUAGGUUGCUUUCAAAUAUUACAUUUUUUAUUCUGAUUUCAUCAUAUUUAUCGCAUUAAGCUUAACUUUUCCAGAGACUAUAAAAUCAGUGCCUUAAAAUCUGUCACCACACCUUGCAGAAUGCACAAUUGGAAUUGAAUAAUUGGCAAUUGGAUGGUCUUAGACUGUAAUAAACUAUUCUGCCUACCUUAUAGGACUGGCAAAUUAAUGGAUGAACUCCUAAACAAUAUUUACCACAUUUUAGUUCUGAGAGGCAUGUCAUGGCGUCAUUCAACUAAAAGAGUAAACGGAGUUGCAAUAGAACUGGUAAAAAUAUGUUUCAGGAAAUCUCAAAUAUCGAUGUCAACAGGACUCCCCAGACGAUAAAACUCGAGUUUGGCCUUUCUUCAACCGACAUUCGUCCGAAAAUGUUAACGAAAAUUCCAGAGAUUUCGACCCUGAAUACCUGGCCGCCAGAAACAUCCAUAACGGUGUAUUCAUCUUGCCGUGAAAAUUCAGCAGGAUUCAUUAGUGAUCUCGAAUUAUUAUCGCCCAGUUGACAUGGAGCUGGUAUGGGAAGUGUAGUCAUGUUUCCCCAGUCGUCCGCAGGUUCACCUACAGGACAGCGGCGACUCCUUUAAUCUUCCUCAUAUCUGCCAUUUAGCGACUGUGAAUCGUUGAUUUACACGUCUCUGCUCAACGCGUCAGUACAUGAAGUAAUUGCAGUCUAACUGUAUUAUGUACAUACGUAUACUGCGACAAUGCUAAAGAGGAGAGAAAUGUGCAGUUAGUGUACUUAUUCUCAAUAUCCAUACAGACGUGUUGUCCAUAUCUCCCUUCAAAUUGGGAAGAAUGUAAUUUAUUGGUUGAAUGUAUUCCUCCAUAGAAGCUAGUCUUCUACAAUGCACGAACUGGACAGAACACGCAUUCUUGUGCUUGCUUUAAUCACAUCAUUGUCUGUUAAGUAGUAUUUACUGCAAAAACUCUUUAUUUAUCGAUGCUUGCACUUUGGGAUAAUGCUUAUUUCAGAUGUAACAUUAAAAUAAGUGCAAAAUUGUACUUAUGCAUCUGCUUAAGAAUGAAGCUCACCCGCACAUUGGGAAAUGUUAACGAACAUUUCAAAGAUUUCGACCCUGAAUACACGACCGCCAUAAAAGCCCAUAACGGUGCACUCAUAUUGCCGUGACAAUUCAGGAGGAUUCAUCCUUGAUCUCGAAUUCUCAUCGCCAAGUAGAUAUGGGACCGGUAUGGGAAGUACAGUCAUGUUUCCCCAACCAGUCCUUCACAGGGCCACCUACAGAGCACCAGUGGCUGCACUAGUCUUUCUCGUACAUGCCCGUAUGUGACUGCUAAUCGUUGAUUUAGACGAAUCUUUCCGACCAUCAAUACUGUGCAAAAAUGAAUAAAAUGCUUCGGUUUGUAAGCAAGGCAGUGGAUUGAAAGCCAUCUUUAGGUGGGUCGAAAUAUCCCUUGGAUACAGAAGGGUCCACACUGUCUCCUGAAAGCUCAUUUGGCAGACCUCGCAAACCAGUAAUCGUGUAGAUUCCGGGCGUUUUGCCCCUGGAUGUCCGUUUAUAUCCCAACAACCUUCUCUCAUACUUUGCCCGAAUCAGUCUGUUGAAACGCUGAUGGCACAUUUGCCAUGUGAAGAAAUUUAGACCUGAAGUUUGAUAAUGCCAGUUCGAGCGUUCGCUUUAUGCGUCAGUGUAUGAAAUCAGCAAUAUUUUCUUAAAUAUUUUAUAUAUGUAUAUCGACAUAGUGCUGGAAGUGGAAAGAAAUGUGCAAUUAACGUGUUUAUUUUAGGAUCCAGACGCAAACCAUAAUUUUGUACUUCGUGACUUGUUGUCCAUAUCUUCCCUUAAAUUAGGAAAUACGAACCCUAUUAGUUGAACGCUUCCCCCAAAAAAUGAACGUGCUACAUUGUAUGUAUUGGAAAGAACAUACUUUUCUAUGCAUGUUUUACUCUUGUCGCUUAUUUUUAUGCAAUAUUUGCCGCCUUGAUUUUUUUGUCAUUUGGAGAUUGUGUCUAUGUCAUGUAUGACAUCAAAAUAUGUAGAAAAUUGACCUUACGCAUCUGCUCAAGAACGAAACUUAUCCGCACAUACAGUAUUUCGUGUUAAAAUCCCCCCACCUAUUAGGUAACGUGAAUUUUUGCCUCCCAUAUAGAUUUUUACAUCUCCCCCCGCUAUUCUUCGCCGCUCGUCCACUAUGCUCCCCUUAAUUCCAAAUCCGUGAAUGUCAGUUGUGCCGUCAAAGUGCCUCGAAACGCUUCUGAGGCGAAGGUAUGUUUACUCAUUGAAACUAUCAAGUGUUGCUCAUUUAUUGGUUUGCAGAUCUAAGCAUAUUCAUCGUGCAUCUGGUUAAAUAGUAGGCAAUUCUCAGCAACCAUUCAUUAAAUAAGAAUAAACAGAACAAACCUACUGCCAAAACGCCGGCCAUCAUAUUCUGAACGCGGGCAACGCGUAGAUUAGUAUAGUAGAGUUGAUUUGUUAAACACCGGUUUGUGGUGCGGUUACUUUAUUCGACAGGGAAGGUCGAAGACGUGCCCUGGUGGGGGAUCUGUGAUCGUAAUUUCGUCAAGUCUUUCAUAAGGAGUGAUGGUAUAUUGACUGAAGUUGGCGACCUGCUCUCCUCUUGACACCACAGAAUACACUUUAUAGACAGCAGUCCAUUCACGGCAGUUCUGACUGUGCCUGCGCUUGCUUCUCUUUCUCUUGGCAUGAAAUUAGGUAACUCGGAUGAGCGUCUGCAAUGCUCUGGGCGGCUGAUAGUAAAUAUUAUCUUUCUAAUUCUCCUGUGCGAAUGCGGCGAGUAGAGAGUCAUUUAAGGCACCACUUCGUGCCACCAUCAAACAUUGUUUGGGUAAUCUAUAAAUAUGUGCACAUGAUGUCGGCUAAACCUGCCUCGCUAGAAUUGAGGGGAAAUAUCGCUCCGGAUCCAACUUGUAGAAGUCCAAUAAGGUGUCGAAUCUAUGGACGCGACAAACUGGCAAAGUGAAAAAUAAGAUUAUAUUGUCUGCUUUCGGAAAUACUUCUAAACUGGUAGCGGCCCGAAUGUAAUUCCCAUAAGGAGGGCCAAAUACGCCUAAGGAAUGCGUUUUUGGGGUUUGUCGUUUACUACCAUGUUUUAAUGAACAUUCAAAUAACUGCAGUCUAUUUCUACUACUGAUUCUCAAAGGCGUGCAACUAAGCGUGGUUGUUUGGUUUACUAAGAAAUUAGCCGCUUGCUUGGGGUGGAUCAGUCUCCCUGUGGCUUAUAAACCCAGGCUGAAAUUCGACAUAAAUGUUUGGUCCGAGAUCCUUCGACAACAGCGGAAUUUCCGCGUACUAUUCAUAAACUUCCAACAGGUAGCCAGUAGUAUAUGCAUAAGUGGCAUGAUAUAUGAUACGUAAUAGCACAGGUACUGGCUAUAAUCACAGACACGUGUUUUGCCGAUAUUCUGCCGCUGCAUGACGCAGCUGAUCAACGGGUCCCCCAGCGCUCCGCGUGUGCUUUUCUGGUAGUCCUAAGUAGACCGAUCUACCCCUACGCCAAAAAUGUGCAGUAAUGCACGUAAUAUCAGCGAGGCGAAUAGCAAAUGCACCCUCUGGACACCCUGGACAAUCAACCACUUAAGACCGUAGAUGAGCAAAAAGAUCUCGAUGUAUUCAUUAAAGACGGUCUAAGCUUCGCCACGCAGUGUUCUAAAGUCGCUGCUCGGCCACUGCCAGUCAUGGGCGCCAUACGCAGAACGUUUAUUCACCUGAAUACAGGUGUCUUUGGCAAAGUCUAUGGGUCAUUUGUGCGGCCACACCUGGAAUAUGCGGUAAAGGCUUGGCGGCCGUGUCUUCGGAAGGGUGCAGAUAUUCUUAAAGGUGUUCGACGGCGUGUUACAAAGGCUGUUCAUGGCCUCAAAAAUUUUACGUAAGGCCUUGAACCUCUAUCCCGUCCACUACAGGUAGGACAGAGGUGACCUCAGAGCAACAUUCCAGUUCCUAAGAGGAUUUAAUCUGGAUGUCGAUUGGAAAAAGUUUUUUGAAAUGACACCCUAGUCUAAUCUCAGAUGACAUGAUUACCAGCUUAAAAAGGAACUGUGCCACACAAAUCGAUGUUCCUCCUUUUGCUCGCAGAGGGUCAUUCGCCAAUAGAACUCUUUGCCGGAGUAUGUUUUUAAUUCACCUACAGUGAGUGUGUUUAAGAGACAACUGGAUACUUACCUGCUGAAAGGCAACCCGAACUGCCGAAGCCUGAUCUAACGGGUUACGAAAAGGGCUAUAAAUAUACUUCUAACAUAAUUUGACAGAUCCUUUUUGUGCGUCAAACCUGAUCCAUAUGGAAAUUUUCACAGUCCGAAUCAGGGAACAAAGUUUUUCGCAAUUAUUUCGCGAAUACCAUACCAAUUUCUCAUUUAUGUUCCAUUAUUAGAUAUAUGAAUUAUCCUUACUAAAACUGCAAGUAAAUUUUUGUAAUUUAAAUAUUUUCCCUUAAAUAUGUACUGUCUAAAUCGAAUUUCCAGGGUUUCUGUCGUUUACUUCAAAUAUACUGACUGAUACUGACCGAAGUUAGCGAAACACCUAUAUGAAGGAUUGCCGCCUCACGACAAAUAGGGCCUAACACUAUCGAUAUAUGUUUCUUUUUGCAUUAUCUUGAGCUCUUGAGUGCGCCUUAUGCAUAACCACAAGGAAUUCAGGCGUUAUUUCAAACUGUUUGCCUCAUUCGCCAUCAAUAAUGUUACCUGCUGCGAGAGGGGUAAGCAUGGAAGCGGGCUUCAGCGGUGGCCUAUAUUAUUGCCCUUGAUAGUUAAUAAGAGGCUUUUGCUAAACUAACAGCAAAACAACAUGCGUUUCAGAUCACCAUAUUCAAGCAGGGGGAAACCGAGUGCUCAGCGGAUGGAAGUUUAAGGCGGCCAUGUAAGUAAAAAGUCAGUUGUGGAAACCUUGCACAAUCGCACAUUUCACAACUAUGCUUUGUGCUUUCAGGUAUCAAUCAUCUUAACAGAUCAAAGAAUAUCUUUAUAUCGUCCUACACCAUUUACAGACAACAUGAUACCCGAAAGUCAGCAUACAGCAUUCUAUGUGAGGUAGAGGGUCCGAAGAGCUAUUCCUAUCUUUCGAAGUAUGUUGAAUUCCCAGAACGAGGUAAGCAAAAUAAUUUGGUUUGAAAACUGGCUAUUUAUUGCAUUUGAGAGAUCAGUCAAUCACUUAAACGAAUGGGAGGAAUGUCAAUGUCAUAGUCACCGAGCAACCGAGCCAUCACCAUUGUAAACUGGAAACCAUAAAUCUUUCCUCUCCAAAAACCACAAUAAACGUAAUCUAUCAUGCAUUUUUCAAAAAAGAAAUCCACAAAAAUUAUUUAAAACCAGGCAAUGCAUUUUAACCGCUUGCACCAAUGACUUUAGGUGGCGAUUACAGAGGAGUAUACGGCCUGCGUUCCGAAAAUAGAAUUUGGUUCAAAACUUGGUUCGAACCCGAGGUAAGCUUUCCAUAUAUUCAGUGCAGUUUGAUCUACAAAAUGUACGCUUCUCAAGCUCGAAAAUAUUCCACUGUAUGCAUCAGUCAACGUCAUUUGCAUGUAUCAUGCGUGGAGCAAUAGCUCAGGCAAACUACGCAUAUCCAUGUAGGUUGUGGACAACUUGUUAAUUGAUGUUGAUGCAUUCCCUUCUAUAUCCUAGACAGUCAGAUCUCUAGUGACAUACAAGUGCUCCAAAGGAAAAUGCCGCGCAACCGGUUCGACAAUUAACUACCAAAUAAAGCAAGGUUAGUUGAAUGCAAAACAGUGCAAUGCAGCUUUUAACCUAAAUGGUAUAUUCAGGUUGCAUCCUUUAAUUGCAGAUAAAGUAAAGGGAGUCUGGAAUUUUUACUUCUACAGCGAUCCCAAAACCACUGAAAACUGGGUGUCUGUGCACGGGAAGAGGCCGCAGGAUGUUGUGAUUGUAUUUCACUGGUUAUACAGGCUACCAGUCCCAGGUAAAUUCAUGCAACCACAUUCCACGAAUGAACUGAAAACCAUGCACGAUUCAAGCAGUAAAUUGCCAUAUCACAGUAGUUGUAGUGCAGUUGACCCUCUUCAGACUUAGACUCAGUUGUUUAUGCAUCCUGGUUUAUUCUUGAGUGAAGGCGGACAAUUUUAUAUAGACUAACAUAAGGCUUAUAAAGCCUUCUGUUUCGGAAGUGUACAGCAUUAUUUUUUCUUAAUUAGACUACAUUUGUCCAAUCCAUGCAAAUUGCUUUUUCCUUAUAAGCAUGCUUUUAUCGAUAGAUUUUUGUCCAGUGUUUAAGUUGGCUGGCACCAUUUUCAGUGCCAAAUUCACGCAAGAUUGGCUGCUACACAUGUAUAGACACAAAUAACAACUAAUAAGGUCGUCGACGCUGAUGCCAGAAUUAUGUAAGCUACACGCCCUUGCAAGGCAGUAGGCGCCUUCGAGUGUUUUUUUUCGGCCGGUGAAAGCCUUAUAAUGGUCAGGAGUCCUCCAAGUGGAUAUUUCCUAGACAAGUUCGCUAAAUUCUUUAUUUUAAAUAAUUAUUUAAUAGUUAUAUCAAUUUUCAGAAUCGGUGCAGUUAUGUAUGUGAAAGAGAAUGUUAAUUGGAAAUAGGACGUGCACUGAGUACGAUAGGCAGCAAAAGUGAGGAGGGUUGUGAAAACGGCCGGGUAUAUGGCAAGGGGGACUGUCAUAGGCUGACGAGUGGUCAAUCAACACAAAGGUGUGAACAUGGGAUCAUGACCUUGAUCGUUCGCUUGCCAUGCGUUUGUGGCGUGAUGUGCUGACCGUCCGGGUAGAAUACGCUGAAGGUGCAAAUAUAACCAUAUGGUACCAUGCAAAACGAACCUGGAUUAAUUAACAGGGGCCUCAUGAUUUCUACGAAAGCAUAUUCCAAGACGCAUUGACCCACGUGAUGAUUUCGAGAAGGUCUGCAAUCGCCCUAUGUGACGAUAUCCAUUCCGCCAUACGUCACUGCGUGGGAAUUAGUGUUGCCGAAUUUGGCCAUUCGCCCACUACAAACAAAACUAAGUAUUUGAACGAGAACAGUCGCAAGAUCAUAUUUAAAUAAUAUAGCAGACUCCGAACAUCAGAUGGUGCCGAUUUUUACCAAUAAUCAACCACAGCAUUUAAAGAACACUUAAUUUUCUUACAUAGCAAGCCUAUGCAAUGAAUUGCUUAAAGAAUUUUUUGAGAAUUCCUUCGUCUAUCGCAAUCAAAAAUGAAAUAAAUGCAAGUUGAGUAGGACUUUAAUGAACGUGAUUUACCAGCACUCACCUACAGCAUUUUAAGUAUACUUAACUUCUUUCCUAACAAGUGUAUGGAGUGAACUGCUUGAAAAUUUUUUGAUAAGUAUUCACAACUUCCUUCAUUAUUACACUCUGAAAAUAAAAUGAAUGUCGUUUGAGUAGGGAUUUUGUUAACGUAACUUACACAGGGGCGGGUGAAGAAGUUAUAAAACAACCAGCUUACAACUGUGAAGGACUUAACACUGAAUUGUGUAUCAUUCCAGUUGGAAGCGCUUAAUACCUCUUGAAGUUUUGAGCCAAAAAUUUUAGCAUCUCUAUCAAUGUUUGCAAUAUCCAGAUACUGUGUCGAAAAUUCUGUCAAAUUUGCGUUCUCGAGUGUUCAUCGUCUGAUUAGUAAAUCAUAUGCGUAUACCUUCGCUUUUAGAAUUCUCCUUUGCUCCACUCUAUGUAAACUCAGUAACGCACUUUCCAUUUGGUCGAUCCGAGGAAGUGCUGAUCGAGUGUCCAUUGUAUGUUUCCCACCGGCGUUUAAGGCCAAAGGUAGGUCACGCUGUCUACUUCUUCAAUGAUUCGGAAAAUUCUUCCUGACGAUGUCAGUUAAAGGAGUGCAUGCAACUUCCAUGGCGACAGGGGUUACAUAUACAGUAUUGUAUGGAUGACUGGAGGAAGGCAAUUAUUUCUGGAUGAAUGAAUUUUGUCCACAGACUAUUCCAGUCUAGUUUGUUCAUAUUGUGUGAUUCAGUCUUAGGAAUAUGCCGACGCCAACACCUAAAAUAUGUCGGGAAAUUAUACUUUUUAAGUGGUUAGGAAACGACAGUGAAUUUUUCGCAUUCACAAGUUAAUCAGGGCUUGCAUUUGUUUCGUGAAAGUUUACUUAUAAGUGGGCACAACUUACGGGGCCAGCUGUAUUGCUCGACCUCGGAUAUACUACCUGAUUUCAAGGACUCAAUGAACUCACUCAACGUAAAUUCCUCUGAAUUCUAAGAAUUUCAGUCCGGAUUUUCCUUCUAUCGCUUAUCUUUGUCAACUCUGAUGAAACAACAUGGUAUAUACGGCCCUUACAGAUCUGCGGGUUUACUUAAAUUUACCACCCGAAACAAGACGCCAUUAAACAAACUGCCAAUCUUAUCUCUUUAAAUGGAUGCAUAAGCCAAAAUUUGAACUGUUUCAGGGUAGCACAUGCCUAAAACGAUGCCCUAGAGAACUUCCGGAUGCCAACCCGAUGCGAUACGAAGGGAACCAAUUCAAAUGGCUCGCAGAAGUUAACAGUGUCAAAAAAGCCGCUGUCUUCUCUAUUUCGGUCCAUUUCGAGAAUAAAUGAAUAAGGCGCUUUCAAAAGAGCUGGUCGACUCGCAUUUCUCUGGCCAUGUGGUGGGCAAGAUCGUUUGCGAUAUUAAAUCCAUUGACUCCACGUAGCGUUGAUCUUCGCCAUUCAACCUGAUUGGCCAAGACAGGGAGAGGCCAGAUGACUUCUUUUCCUCCUCGUCUUUUGCGGUGUUCCCUUUGAGUCAAAAAAACAAUGCGCCUCAUAUAAAUUUAAAUCGCUGGAGACGUCAUUUACCCGACAGGCAUAUUUAAACAGUGGUAGAACAUUGUGUGUUUCAAGACAGAAGGAUUCUUUUUGAGGGCCAACACACAUUUCGUUCUUUUUCGUCUUGAGACCACAUAACUGCACAGAAAUGCAUACUAGUCUGUUGACAUUUGUCAGAAGUGUCAUGCUUCAUGUAGGCCACAGUCUUGUGUUUUUUAAUCUCUUUUUUGGUGAAGAAGUUUUGGGUGAGUGAAAUUUCCGUCGACCCAGAAGUUAGGGGUCUUUUAAUCUAUACUACUCACAAAUGGACGACUGAUUUCUCACUAUAUCUGGUUGCCUGCAAUAGGUAACGGUGUAUGACAACGGGGUGGCAAAGUGUUCAUAUGGCAAGCGUGGACCUACAGAAUGUGAAGGUAAGCUAGAAUUUGUCAAUUUUAAACAGGUCCUUCUAUACAGAACACUUACAGAGGACGAAUUGUAUCAGUUUAUAUAUUAAGUUUCUUCCAUACUCGUCUGAAUCAGGAAAGAUGGGGAAAGUGUGCUCGAGUACACUGCGGGUUCUGUAAGAACGGUUUGUCCGCUCAAAAUGCGAUUCGCCAUCCAUUUUGAAAAAAUAAUCACGUGAGGACGGAAGAGCAAACAGUAGCUGAUGAUCGACACUAUCGUACCACAGACUGGUGUACUGUGGAUGAAAGCACUAUGGCGUUGUGAUAUUCUCUAUAGGCAUCGAGGAUUACACAGGCAACCGAUACUUUCCUCUAUUGGACAUCCUUCCUGUUUUAUGUGAACUUGAUUGCCCGGCAGUAAGUAGACUUCCUGAACUCACUACAGAUGGUCUACCACCUCCAGUCCUACUUCCAUUCAUUCUUCAUUCAAAUGUGUUAUGUAUUCGAAGGACUGUGGAAAUCUGGGUAAAUCAGAAAAGCUCCUCCGAAGUUCACUGAGGCUUCCGAUGAUCCAAAGCAAGCCAUACCUGAAAGAUCUCCCCAUAAUUUGCUCAAAAUACCCAGAGUUACCAGUCUAAAACAUGGCAAAUAUGAAAGCGGAUUUUGUGGAUUCGAAGUCUAAGUCAAAUUUAAAUAGGAGGAUAUUUUUAUCUAUCGCUGUCCUAAGAAAGAUGAAUUCCCACACGGCGUUUCCCAUAUAAACCGCAAGCACUAAAUCUUGCAAUUUUAUUUGCCUUAGGUUCACCAUGCAAUUUCACUACCUCAAAUAAAUCUUGCUGACGCGUUUUACGAGAUUUAGCAGAGGACCUUUUACAUGCAACCUUUAGUGCAAAUUUCUUCAUAUUAAUUCAAGCGAUUUGCGAGUUUGCUGGCAAUGCCAACUACAGCGAAAUUAUUGCCAGCAGCUGACCCUGGUGUAAUAUGACUGAACCUGCGGCGGCUUCUUAGUUACAGGCGUGUGUUAUAAGAUCCCAGCUUUCGGGCCUUAUGAUUUAAGGUUAAAUUCCAUUACUCACUCAUUUGGCAAAUACCGUUAGUGUUUUUUCGAUUGAGUUUUUUCUGACGAUUCCACACUUUAGCUUUUGCAUUUAUCAUAAAAUCGAAUUACGUCUAUGCUGAAAUUGAUAUUAUUUCUAACUAUGCAGCAUAUAAGGGAUCAUCAUGCAACAUUUUCAUGAUCGCAUAUCGCGUGAAAUGGACGGAUGAUCCAAAUUCUCCUGUCCAUCAAAUUUUAUGUACUUCGGAGGCCUCCGACGAGACAUAUUACAUGUCACAUUUCGUUCAAUUUCCUUAG